UGUUGGCUCGGCUGCCGAGAGAAAGGCGAACGGGAGAAGGCGGAGAAGCCGAGUAGAGGGACGGCGCGGCACUGUAGGCACACCGGGCGAAGAUCUCUGCACAGAGGACAACAACUGUCAGGAGCACUGGGCUCUCCUGAGCUGGCGGGGAAAGACACUCUGUGUGGACAAGAGGUGGUGGACGGAGCGGGGAGACAGCUGCUGUUAAACUACCGUGAGGAUUACCGGAGAGAGCCGCCGUCUCUGCUGCUUUCAUCCUGAGGACUCACAGAAGACGCUAUGCUGACGUCCUAAGCUGUCCUCAUUUCAUCUCUCUUCCAAGUCAGUUCCAACACUUGGACUGUUUUCACCAUCGUUAACCACUUCCUCUGGCUUUUUUUUUUUUUUUUUUCUUUUUUUUUUUUUUCUUUUAACAUAUAUACCCCAGUUCCCUCUUGCCCGGCCUGCCGUCACCAUGACGUCGGAGCUGGAGAGCAGCCUGACCUCCAUGGACUGGCUCCCUCAGCUGACCAUGCAGGCGGCCAUCCGCAAGACGGACGCCCAGAAUGCCCACGGGCCCGGCAUGGGCAAGAAGAGCACCUUACUGGAUCACACCACCACGCUGGAUCAGGAGGAGGUGCAGCAGCACAAGGACGGCAAGCCUCCGUACAGCUACGCCAGCCUCAUCACAUUCGCCAUCAACAGCUCGCCAAAGAAGAAGAUGACGCUGAGCGAGAUCUACCAGUGGAUCUGUGAUAACUUCCCCUACUACAGGGAGGCAGGCAGCGGCUGGAAGAACUCAAUACGGCACAAUCUGUCGCUAAACAAAUGUUUUCUCAAAGUGCCUCGCUCCAAAGAUGACCCUGGAAAGGGCUCUUACUGGGCCAUUGACACCAACCCGAAGGAGGACGCAUUGCCGACUCGGCCAAAGAAGAGGCCACGGUCUGGAGAGCGGGCUUCCACACCAUACAGCCUGGAUUCAGAGUCUUUGGGGAUGGACUGUAUGAUCUCUGGAAGUGCCUCUCCAACGCUGGCAAUCAACACUGUGACUAACAAGGUGGCGUUGUACAACACAGACCAGGAAGGUAGCGAUAGUCCGAGAAGCAGCCUUAACAACAGCCUGUCUGAUCAGAGUCUAGCCUCUGUCAAUCUCAACAGUGUGGGCAGCGUUCACAGCUACACACCGGUGACCAGUCAUCCGGAGCCCGUGUCCCAGUCGAUGAGCCUGCAGCAGCCCCCCCAGUCCCAGUACAGCAUGCCAGACAGGGAAAAGCAGCUCCCGUUCUCAGACUUCGAAGAUCUCAGUGCCUCCUUCCGCAGCCUUUACAAGUCUGUCUUUGAGCAGUCCUUCAGCCAACAAGGUCUGAUGGGCAUGCCGUCGGAUAACUCCCAGCAGACCCACACCUCCUGCUCCUAUCAGCACUCCCCCAGUGGCACCAUCAACACUCAGAACAGCCUGUCAAACAACCAGCCCAACAACCACCACAACAACCACCCUGCCAACAGCGGCCAGGUUCCCCUUUCCCACCCUGGCCACGGAUCGCCCCACGCCCAGCACCUCUCGCAGCACCACCAACACGGCCAGCACCCGCAGCACGCCGCGCACUCCCAGCACGGUCAGCACCCGACCCACGGCCAGCACCCGCAGCAGCAGCAGCACACGCAGCACCCGGCGCAGCACACGCAGCACAACCAGCACCCCUCCCAACACGGACAGCAGCACCAGAGCCUCUCCCACCCGCAACAGAUGACCUGCAACACAGGUUUACGGUCCGAGUGGUACCCGAAUCUGGAUGCUCUGAAAGAAAGCUGUCGUAUUGCCAGCAGCUAUAACUGGGCUGAUGUCGACCUUUCUCCUUUCCAAGGUUUAAGAGAAAGCAUGAGACAGGCUGAGCUGAACAAUUGGUGCCUUGAACCCACCCAGAUCGCCGACCUCUGCUCGUCCAUCAACCAGUUCUUUGCUCGCACCGGCGUCAUUCAGCAGCAGGGGGCGGUACAAAGUCCUGUGUGUCACGGCGCCAUGCACACCAACAAACCCGGCCAGCACCUCAACACAGGAAACCUCUACAUGGACACAAGACAGAGUAUGCCCCCCAUGAUGGGUCCCCCCGGAUACCCCCACAUGCCCCCUAUGAGCAACACGGGACCCACAAUGACAGGACACCAUGCACAGAUGAACCAGCAGCACAUGAUACCUUCCAGGACCUUCCAGAUGCAUCGCAUGCAAGCCGACGACAUCCAGGACGAUUUCGACUGGGACUCCAUCGUCUAGCCGCUCCACUUCCGCGUUAAAGCAAGUCCAAGCCGACGGAGGAGGGGGGGGGGCGAAACCCGGAGGAGGCCAGGCUGAGCCGACGAGGCCGCAGGUUGUGUGAUGCAGAGGAACGUUUGACACGGCGAAAAACCCCACAGACUUCAGAGUCCUGACAAUUGUCCGCACGGCGAACCAUAACCAGAAAAUGUUGUUACUUUGAAGACAAUCAUGUUAUAAAACCUGUUCUCGUCUGGAGACGAGUGGAGCUCAUUGACAGUGAACCUCCUCAGUCGGCCCCCUCCUCUUACCCAGACCAUCCUCUUCCUGCCACACCCCCUGCCCCACCCCCACCUGACCCCUGACCCCUCUGCUCCUUAACUGUCAUGUGAUUUGAGCGACGUGUUCAGCUUGUAAUUCUUCUCGUGUCGACAUAGGCCUCAGCUGCCUCUAAGAUGAAGUUCUCUCUCGCCACUUUCUCUCCCCUCUGCUUAUUUUUUGUCUCUUGAUUUUAAUUUUUGUAAGAAAACACAGGCCGUCUGUCUCUGUGAGUAACGUGAUGGUGCUCGUUGGUCGCUUCUGGGGAAAACAGGUUUACAAAUGUUUAAAAUCUGAACAGGGUGCGUUUUUGUUUGAUUUGUUUUUAUCCCCACUGGUUUGAUUUUGUUUUAUGUUAUUUUAAACCAGGAGUUGAGCCGGAGAGGGAUCCCACAGGGUGCUGAGAUCGGCUCUCUGUGUGUCACGGCAGAACAGAGACUCUCAUCGUUUUGCUCUUAAAUGAAUGAAUUUUGAUAUUGAGAAGAUAAAAUCAGGAGUGUGAAAACAGAUCUUUGAAUUGAUUCUGCGUCUUGUGACGUUUAGAGUUGUUUAGAUUCGUAACAGAAACUGUAGCACCUUUAGAAACUCAACAAACUCAAACUGUUUUAGUCUCUAUUGUUCACUAAAUCAGAUGCCGCCACUCAAAAACAAUGAGAUAAUCUGUAAGAAUCACAAGAUAUCUGAAUUAAGUUUUAUUUGGAUGAAGAUUCAAGGAUUUUUUUUUACCACUUCUGCUUGUUUGUGGUACAAAAUUUGGACUCAGGUCACAGAUUAAGAAAUUUAAAACAAAUAUAUUAAAAAAGAUUAGUCUGAACCUCCAUUAGUAUCUCAGUUAUUCAACCACAGAAACGUUUGAAUCUGCACCUCAGAUCCCAAAUAAUAAAUAUUUUAAUUAAUAAAUAGACCAACAUCUGCAAGAAAACAUAAAGAGAGAAAAAUAAUUAACGUUUCAUUCAGGAGAAAAAAACUUUAGUGAAAGUUUAUUUAAUGAUCAAUAGGGCUUAAUCUGAUUAAUCAUGACUCAAUUCUUGAAAUAAUUAACUGAUUUAGUAAUCGAUUGAUCAUUAACUGGAGUACACAGCAAACAAAGCAGUAAUUAAGCCAAAACUGAUUUAAAAAUAGACACAUUUUGCAUUUAAGAUACAAAACUUAUUCUUUUUUUUUUUAUAAAUAUAUUUUAUAAAUAUAGAAUUAGCUUAAUCUGGUUCAAAUCAUGUAAAAACUCAGAUUAAUCACCAAUUAUUAAUCGGUUAAUCCAAAAAUAAUCAGCAGACGUUGAUAAUAGUCAGGGCUGAGUUUUUCACAAUAUUAAUAUUUUAAUAUGAUUAAAUAUUAAAAAUAUUGAACUUCAGAUGUUGAUGCAAACAAUUCAGUUAUGAUGCUAUUAUUGCUUUUUAAGCAAUAAAACAUUUUAUUUUCUAAUUUAAAAAGGAAUUGCAUGAUUUUUUUUUUUUUUGAUGUAUUCAAUAGAACAAUUGAUUACUGAAAUAAUAGUUAGUUUCAGCCCUAUUGAUCAAUAACAAAGUACCUGUUUGUGAACAUUGGAGACCUUUUGGUGCUACCUGCAGUCUGAUGUCGGUGGAGCAGAUGAGGCGUUUAUGGGAGUUUGUUGUUGUUGUUGUUUCUUUUUAAAUUGUUUAAAUUUUAGGGCUCUGAUUGUUGGCUGCACUCACCUCUGCUCUGUGUGAGCAUGAAGCACACGAUGACGGAGGCGCAGGCGGCUCGCGCAGGCAGACCCAGGAGGUUUUCUUAAGCACAGAGCAGUGGAGCGACCCGAAGGUUCUCCAGAACCGGCUCCCCGCUCAGACCGCUGCUGGCCUGAAGAGACACUAUGGUUAGAGGAAGAUGAGCCCUUUGCACAUGAGUACCUUUUGUUUACUUGGCUUCCAGAUGCAAAGCCGAUCCCGUUUUAUCCCGCAGCGGCCGCUCUGAUUGGCCGCUUUCCUGGGCUGCGUCGGGUUUUACCGUUCUGGUGCUCUGCAGCUGCAACACUGUGUCUCUGUUCUCGAAGGAGUAGCACAAUGUUUCUGGGAUUCUAUUCAGGCUGGGAGUUGAGAGAUUAACAAACCGGACAGCCGAGAUUAGCAUAAAGACUGAAAACUGAUGUCCAGAUUAGAGGUGCACCAAUUUAUCUGAGCCGAUUUCGCUGCACUUUACCAGCUCUUUCAAUUUCUUCCUCUGUCCAGCAACAUUUCAGACAAAAUAAAUCGGCAUCGGCCAGAAUUGGAAUCAGCAGUUCAGGCUUUUUAAAGAUCGGUAAUCUACGAUCGGCCUAAAAACUGCAAUCGGUGCGCCCCUAAAUAAACCUGCAAGACUUAAUCUGAUUAGGUUUAUUCUCUGUUUAAAUUACAGAGAAUAAAUAAAUAAAUAAAACAAACCUGGUUCAUGUUUGGUGAUAAAUAAAAUUUUAUAAAGUGAAGGGGAUUAUUUUCAUAUCAGAUUUGAAUAAAUGGCACAUAGGAACGUUUUCCCCAACCUCAACCUGCAGUGAUUAUUAUUUUUAUUCAGUUGUUGUGAAGAUGCACUGAGAAGACUUUUGACUUAAUGAUGUUAAAGAACUAGAGCACAUAGAGCUCUAGUUCUUCAAAUUUUACUGGACGAUAAAUUUUGUUUUGAGACCAUUUUUAAUCAGUAUGAUGUCAAAAAAAAAAAUAAUAAUAAUAAUGAAACAACAUAUUUUCACAGAUUUUCGUUUGAUUUGUAUCUAAAUAUCCUUAAAAGUUCUUGAUAUUCAAACUGCGUAGUUUUGUAAUAAAGUCCAAUCUAAUGUUUAGCUGAAAACCUAAAUUUGGAAACAUUAUUUACAGCUGAAAUCAGAUACUUAAACCUGGACUUAAAUCAGAUCCAACUUUUCUUAUUUUUAGAUCAGUUAAAAUUUAAUCAUUUAUUUGAACAUUUUUAACAAUAUUUUAGUUGUAGAAUAUCAAAUACUAUCACAAGACUUCAUCAACAACAGUAAUAAAUUGGGUCACAUAGCAGAGGAUUUAAACGUUUUUCGUUUGUUUGCAUUUUAUCUCCAGAAAAAUGUUAAAACAUUUGAAAAGUACAUUUUUAGUUUGGUAAAAUGUUCAAACCCUGAUUUAUGCAUAAAAUUGUUUACGAUUAAAAUUAACCUACAAAAUACAAAGUGAAUAUUUAAUAUUUUCAUAAAGUCGAUCGGUGCGUCUCCUGGUUUCCUCUCAGUAAAUUAAUUUAUCACUAAAUCUGUUUGUAUCCAUUAAAAUGUCUGGAGCUCAAUCUUGUUACCCUGGGCUUGUUUCCAGUCUUUAUUCUAACCUGACAUCAGAUCUCGUUAACCUGAACUAGUUUAUGUUAUUUAACGGGUUUUUGUCUCCUGGUGUUGCUGUGCUGUUUGACUUCACAUUAAAACGACAAUCAUUGAUUUUUUUUUCUCAUUAUUUUUAAAAUAUCACAAAAUGUUGUGAAAAUGAGGCACUUUGAGAUUGAAACAUUUUAUUUUAUUUUUGUAGUUCAGUUGUACUUUACAGAACCAAACUCUGUAGAUUGUUUUUGCCUGGUUUAUACUGUGGAUCGUAGAUCUUGAACACCCAGAAGCUGCACUGUGCAGAAGAAAAUCAAAGUUCUCUAAUUUAAGCUUAUAAAACUGCCAUUUCUUAACGUAUUCUCUUCUUUCUUUCUUUUUUUAACCUCCUGUCGGUCUCGUGUGUUCGCCUCCGCUCCUCUCUCGCUCAUGUUUUGCGUUUCUAUCAAACUAAUUUCUCGGAACCGAGUCGUGAAUCUUCUGGGAGGUCGGCACGGGGUCACGGCGACGCCUUUCAGCUCUUCCAGGCGAAGACUGAGGAAACUGACUUUUGCACGAACUCAUCCGCCGACGGGAGACGAUUGGAUGAAAGGGGAAAGAAAAAAAAACAAAAAAAAAGGGAAAAGGUGAAGAAACGACUGGAUCCCAGUUUUUACAUUUUGUCCGUUUGUGUGCGUUCUUGUGGAAGUUUUUACUUUUCUUCUUCCUGUUUUGUUUUUUAAUACAGCUGGACAUGUACCUGCCAGAGAGAUUAUUAUUAUUAUUAUUAUUGUUAUUAUUAUUAUUGGGGAGAAAAAAAAACAAUAAAAAAAUAAAUAAACCUUGUUACAUCAUUGGAGAGAACUGCCAACAUCUACUGCUGAUUGGGGCCUGUUUUAUUCAGUGCUGGUGUGUUGUGCUUGUACAUAAUGUGUCUUUUCAAUCAUCCCUUUUUUCUCCUGGGGGGGAUUCAUAAGAGAGAGGCGGGAAAAGAAUAUUUUGUUAUUGUCCUAUCAGAGGGUGACAGUAUGUAUAUAUCUAUAUUGUAUAUAUGUGAUGAAAAUGCGUUGGCUUUGUGUGUGACACUACCUUUUACCUGUACCUAUGGUUCUACAUUCAGUGUUUUCAGUGUUGAAAGUAUCUAUUUGGUUUGUGUUUUUAUUUUGUAGUUUUUGUUUUUAUUUCGUCUUUUGUCAUUUCUUUCUCUUUCGUUUCCGUCUCCCUGUUCGUUCGUUCGUUUGUUUGUUUACUGCACGGUUUAUUACUUUUGUUGUCCGAUGAGGUGACACAGCUACUCUUUGUAUUCGUUUAGUGCUGUAAAAUAACUCAAGUGUUAUUAGAAAAUUGUCGAUACCAACGCCCGACCGCCCUCCCCGACCCAUCCUCCCCUUUCCCCAAUAUGCAUGAAUGGCACUUAAAGAAAUAAAAUAUGGUAACUUCA